AUGAUAUUCUCAACCACAUUCCGGCAGCGCUUCGGAUCCCUAGACCCGGAGAAGCUGCAGCAGCGGGGCAGGAUGCGAGUAGCAGAGUAUAAACCCUUUGCGGCGACUGCGUGGGUGAGGGAGAAGACAAGGGACGUUCAGCUUGUUGUGCGCAGGCUUAAAGAGGAGCAGUUUGUGUAUCAGAUCUGCAAAGUACCUGAGAAUAAGAAGCUGUUAAAGCGGGACUUGGAGCUGCUGUGGCGCCCGAAAGCGCUGGCGAAACUCUCCAAGACCAUAUCAGCAUCCAUGGGGUGGAACUACGAUGCGGUUCAUGUGCGGCGCGGGGACAAGGUGAAUCCGUCCAACCGCAAAUACUGGCCCAAUCUCGACCGCGACACACGCCCGAAGGCCCUCCUAAAGACCCUACCCAAGUUCAUAAAGCCGGGGCGCCACGUGUACAUAGCGUCGAACGAGCGCACGCCGGGCUUCUUCAGCCCGCUCGCCUCGCUCUACAAGAUCCACGUGCUCUCUGACUACCGCCACCUCUGGGCGCCGGGGAGCAAGUUCCGAAAGGACCUUAAAGCCCUCCUCCGGUCUUUGAACGUGACUACAGUGAAGCCGGAGUUGGAUGCUUAUAUGGAGUGGACUGUGGAGUUAACUGUGCUGGGUAAUGCUAAGAAGAGAGUAGAGACGUUUAAUGAUCUCACCAGCGAUAGCAAGAAUGCUAUGAUUCGAAAUAACAAGACUCGAGCCAGUUGA